AUGGCUUACCGUACUCAGCCCCAACACGAUCCCUACAGCCCGCGUUCUGGAAAUAACAUCUAUCCGGACUAUCCUCCUCCUAGUUCAACCACUAGUCUUGCCCCCGACUAUCCACCUGUUCAGCAGCAGCAGUAUCAUGGUCAGGCCGGUCGCUUUCAGCCCGUCGACAACUACGAUGCGCAAUCUAGUUGGGAGACAAAAUCCGCGAAAUCUUUCCAGAGUGGUUUUGCCAGCUCUCAGACGCAUCUUGUCCCUCACUAUGAGAUGAAUCAAGUCUCCAGCAAUGUGCCUCCCGUGCCUUCGCUCCCGUAUCACCAGUACCAGCUGGAUUAUCCUCCAAUGCAACAACUUAGACCAGGAGUUGGAUGGUCUGUCGCCCGCGAAAAGCUUCUCAAACAGCGCGCGGUGAAGCAGGUCGAAUUGCAGCAGGGGAAUCUGGUCCUGGAUAUGCAGGCUCCUUCGUUCAUCGUUCCCAAGGGAAUGGAAGGCAAUGAGGAGAUGACUAAAUUGCGAUACACAGCGGCAACUUGUGAUCCUGAUGAUUUUAUGCGAAACAAGUACUCUCUUCGGCCUUAUCUCUACAGCCGCCAUACAGAACUGUUUAUUGUCAUGACUAUGUACAAUGAAGAUGAAAUAUUGUUUGUGAAGACUAUGAACGCCGUGAUUAAGAACAUUGCUCAUUUAUGCUCCCGCAGUCGUUCCAAGAUGUGGGGCCCGAACGGGUGGCAGAAGGUCGUAGUCUGCGUAGUCUCUGACGGCCGAAGCAAAGUCAACAAACGGACUCUUCAAGUCCUGACUCUGAUGGGGUGCUAUCAAGAAGGAGUUGCUAAAGACACCAUCGGGGGCAAGGACGUCACCGCUCACAUCUUUGAAUUCACGUCGAACGUAGUCAUCUCAGAGAAAGGGGAGGUGUCAAAGAGUGCCUGCCCAAUUCAGAUCAUAUUUUGUCUCAAGGAGCAGAACAAGAAGAAGCUGAAUAGUCAUCGCUGGUUUUUCAAUGCGUUCGGCCCACUCAUACGUCCCAAUGUCUGCGUCUUGCUCGAUGUGGGAACCAAGCCAACUGGAACAUCAAUCUAUGAACUAUGGAAAUGCUUCGACAGGCAUUCCAAUGUAGGCGGGGCCUGCGGGGAGAUUUGUGUCGACACAGGAAAGGCGUGUUCUCUAAUUCUGAAAAGUCCCUUAGCGGCAUCUCAGAAUUUUGAGUACAAGAUGUCGAAUAUCUUGGACAAGCCCUUGGAGAGUGUCUUCGGUUACAUUAGUGUGCUUCCUGGUGCAUUUAGCGCUUACAGGUAUAAAGCACUUCUCAACGGACCUGACGGAAAGGGACCGCUAGCUUCGUACUUCAAAGGAGAGGAGAUGCAUGGUGGGCACAGCCAAGCAGGAUUGUUCGAACGAAAUAUGUAUCUCGCCGAAGACCGAAUUUUAUGUUUCGAAAUUGUAACCAAGAAACGAGAGGGCUGGGUCCUGAAGUACGUUAAAAGCGCGAAAGCGUCCACUGAUGUACCGACCACCGUCCCCGAGUUCAUUUCACAACGCCGUCGCUGGCUGAACGGCUCCUUAUUUGCUACAAUUCAUUCGACUGUGUUUUUCUGGAGGAUUUGGACAUCUGGACAGAAUCCCUUCAGAAUGCUCCUUCUCCAAUUCGAGUUCAUAUAUAACGCGGUCCAGCUACUUUUCACUUGGACAUCUCUGGCGAACUUCUACCUGGCUUUCUUCUUCUUGGUGUCUUCUGCCACAUCUGGCCAGGGUUCGAACAAUGCGUUCAAUUUCCUCAGCAAUAGCGCCGGUCAGGACAUCUUUGAAGUGUUCCUGAAGCUCUAUAUCGCUCUGCUUUUCGUAGUCACUGUCUGUUCCCUCGGAAACAGGCCCCAGGGUUCAAAAUGGAUCUAUGCCAUGUGUAUGAUCCUCUUCGGCUUAUGCAAUAUCAUCACACUGUGGUGUGCUGGGUAUACGGUGUAUCUCGCGGUGCCCCAUACACUUACCGGAUGGGAGAAUUUCCCAAAUCUCGUGAAGACCAACGCUACAUUCCGCGACAUUGUCAUUUCUUUAGCAGCCACGUAUGGCCUGUAUUUCAUAUCGUCAUUCAUACAUCUUGAACCGUGGCACAUGUUCACGUCAUUCUUGCAGUACAUGUUUCUUCUCCCGAGUUAUGUCAAUAUCUUGAUGAUGUAUGCCAUGUGCAAUCUGCACGACGUGACAUGGGGUACGAAAGGCGACAACGGUUCUGCAAAGGACCUUGGUGGAGCUAAGAAAGUGAAGGACAAGAAUGGCAAGGAGGUUUUAGAAGUCGAGUUGCCCUCCGCUAGAGAGGACGUUGACCAGCUGUGGAAUGCUUCACGCUAUGCGUUAUCUGUGAAACCCACUGAGGAGAAGGAACAUCGUGAUGCAGCCACGAAGCAAGCCGACCAAGACCGCAACAGCCGGACAAAUGUAGUUCUCGCAUGGGUUGGGACAAACAUGAUCAUGAUUCUUGUUUUUACCUCGAAUAUUUUCAUCAAUUGGGUGGAAGCCCAUGUUUCCGGCACAGAUGGUUCUUUCAACCCUUACCUCAGCUUCCUUUUCAUUUGCCUGGCUGGGCUUUCUGCUAUUCGUUUCACGUGUUCUACUAUAUACCUACUGCUUCGACUUAUCGGUCUCUGA